AUGCCCACAGACACUGACAGAGACAGAGCUGGAGACAGCGGGGUCAUAAAACAAGCAGUUCACAAAACCAGCAGGACCAGCUUCCUGUGGGACGAUUACACAGUGCAGGUGCAGAUCAACGACUACCUGGACAUCGUCUGCCCCCACUACAAGCACGGCGAGAUCCCCUCGCAGCAGGCCGAGCGCUACGUGCUCUACAUGGUGGACGCCGAGGACUACGAGACAUGCAAGCCACACUCUUUCGACCAGCUGCGUUGGGAGUGCUCUAGGCCCUUCGCCGCCCAUGCGCCGGAGAAGUUCUCCGAGAAGUUCCAGCGCUUCACACCCUUCACGCUGGGCAAGGAGUUCCGCCAGGGGGAGAGCUACUACUAUAUCUCCAAGCCUCUGCACCAGCACGGGCAGGACUGCCUGCGGCUAAAAGUCGAAGUAGCCGGACCCCAUGGUUCCAAAAGCCACAGAAAGGCAGCGGUGAAAGAUGAAGAGAUUGAAGUAGGAAAGCAUGCCCGGAUGGGUGCGGGUGGAGUGCACAAUCCAUCCAACAGACUCCCUGCAGAUGAUCCAGUUGCAAUGAUUCCAGUCGUUCAGAGGAGCGUAGGAAGUGCGGCCGGUCACGCCACGCCAUUCCAUUUCUUCUUCAUCACGUUUGUUUCCGUGACCUUCCUGCUCUUACACUGAGACUGAUAGAAACGGGUUCAUUUGAACCUCUGGACUUUUUACCGGUGCUGGUCGCUGGCUGUAAAAACACAGAUUUUAUACAGAUUUUUUUUAAUAUGUUGAAAGAAGUGAAAAAUUGUGCGAGUGUUUGAGUGACUUUGUGAUAUCUGAUAUAAAAGACUUGGAUCUUUUGUUAAGUGGAAAAGUAUUACCUAUCAGCUUUCCCUGUUUACCCCUCGUUCGAACGGAUUGAAGCUUAUGUCAAUAGCAAAGAAUUAAGGACUCCUGUAAGCAGCAACCACACCCUGUUCACACACGAGCAUGUCAUGCAUCUUUUAUUAUCCAUCACUGAACGUGCGGUACGGUCUAAUGGGAUUUAAUGUACCUUUUACUCCAAGUACGCAUCAUUGCACCGUCUAUUUUUGCAAAUGAUCUGUUAAGGCUGAUAAACACUGCAUGUGCUGUAACAGCAUGCUAUUAGAAGACAUUUGUAUUUGUAGCCAGAGAACUGAUAAUAAGGCCAUUCUUAGGUCUGUUGGAUUGGUAACAAGCAAAACCUUAUGUAUACACAUGACAUACUGUAUAUUUGCAUUUUUUAAUCAGCUUACCUAUUACAGAACAUGAGUGCAUAAGACCUACAUUACAUUACAAACCAGAUGUGGUUCACUGCAUAAUGCAUUGCCUCUGCUGUUAAAUAAGAGGUUUGGUACCAUCCACAGGUGCACAGAUGUAAAUAUGAUUCAAACUUAGGUUUGAGAUACAAUGUAGUAUGCAUUACCAUAUUGGGUUGCCAUUAUUUCUUAAAAGCAAGUCAUGAGAAACCAGUGUAAAUAAAGUGGGUGCUUUUUUACCAUCAUGGUAACCUAAUUUUUAUUUAUUAAUUUUUUGUCACCAGGUAGCUAUCCCAGUAGAAUCCAAAUGCACACUUUAGAUUAGAAACAAUGUGACUCUUUAAGAAGAUAAGAAGAUGAUAUACUUUAUUUGUCAUAUAUACAUAUACAGUUGUACAGUACAACAACAUUCUUUCUUCGCAUAUCCCAGCUUGUUUGGAAGCUGGGGUCAGAGAGCAGGGUCAGCCAUCGUACGGCGCCCCUGGAGCAGACAGGUCCUUGCUCAAGGACCCAACAGUGGCUGCAUAGCAGAGCCUGAAUUUGAACUGCCAAUCUUCCAGCUGAUAGCCCAAAGCUCUACCCACUAGGCUACCACUGUCCCUAAAUUAAAAAAACUUACAUUUGAAUUAAUUGAGCUAUUUCCAUGGUUCCCUUAGUAGAGCUUGUUUUGCUGUGGCUUUACCAUACAAUCUGGAGCUUGGAGGUAGUUAUAAACAGCAGAUCAUUUGCCUUUUUUAAAUCAGCAAAAAGUGCACUCAUGUUUUAAUCCACCAAUUCUCCCAAUAAGUGAAAAUGCAUGAUGGUUAUAAAUUGGUAGCUCCAAACAGAUGAAUGCAUACUGUUCUUUUUUCACAUGAAAUACCACACAAAAUUAAAUUGGUCACGUUUUAGGAGACAAAUGCAUCACUAUUGUGCAAAUUAAGUAAAUAUAAAUGUGGUUAAAGUCUUAAUAGAUGCAUGACAUGAAACACUCAUGUGUAAACCGGGAGUGCAGGGAACGAUACUGCAUCAAUGUCAAUGAAAUUCAUUGUUUGUGCUAAAACUCAUAACCAGAUGUUAUGUUGGAUUCCCUGAUUUCAUCCUGUUGCACCUCACUGGAGAAACGUCAUCAUAUAUGUAGCCAUUUUACAGUGUUUUGUUGGUGUCGGUGUCAAGUUUUCUUUUAUCUUACAGGGUUUAUAUAACGAAGCACUAAGUAUUAUUUGGCCGACAUUAAUUGUACAUCGCUACAAACACAGAGCUAUUGGCGUCUCUGAAGACUAGCCGUUGUCCUGAGUUGCCUGAAAGUGUGUGUGUGUAGUGUGUGGUGCGUGAGAGGGGCUGGUCUUCUCUAACAAUAGAGCACUCGGGACAACUGUACACAGACUUCUGGGUGCAGGGACAAGCUGUGUUUUGUUUACUCUAUGGGUAUUGUAAAUGAUUUUGUACAAUGUGUACAUACAAAGAGCUAUAUUAAGAAUUUGUUAAUUAUGAAAAUGUGCAAAUGAACCAAAAUAAAAAUAUUGUGAUCUAGAAA